UCGCGCGGCACGGGCAACCACAUGUAGAUGUAGCGCGCGGAGAGGGCUGGAGGCAGCAGGCCACGCUCCCCUCCCGGCCACCAUAGGCGCGCCCGGGGCGCCCUGCCUGCCCUCCCCCGCCCGCCUGGCGACGGGGAGACGAUCGCCCUUCUCCCCCUCCUAGCUAAUUCCUGACGUGUCCGCCUCGCCCCCCACCUCCUUGGUCGUCCUCUGAUCUUUUUCCCACGCCCCUCUCGCUCGCGCGCGCAUUAUAUCGCGCGCCGGCCGUGCGCGUGCUCGAAAGCUAGCCGCCCCCAGGCAAGAACGAAGCGAACACAGGUGCUGCUACACUGCGUGUACGGGCUCUGAUCGAUCGAUCGACCGACGAUCGAGCCACCGCGCGCGCGGCGGGUUCUUGGUCUCGGGGUCGCGUGCAUAGCUAGCUUGAUGGAGAGCGGCUGCAUGGCGUCAUUCAGCGACGCCGCCGUCGAAGCGCUGCCGGAGACUGAGGAGGUCGUCGAUCAGCAGGCCAAGGCAUGCGGCGCCUUGUUGGCGGCGGCGGCAGCAACCAUGACGACGGAAGAGAACGACGAGGCGGCGACGACGCUGCAGCAGGAGCAGGAGCAGGCGCCCGUGGCCGAUCACCACCAACACCAAGAGGUAUCGGCGCCCGAGGAGCACGCCGCCGCAGAGGCACCGGCGGCGGCACCGGCGCCAGAGGAGGAACAGCAUGGGGACGAGAAGGACCAGCAGGCCGUGGCGAAGGAGGAAAAGGUGGAGCCGCCCGCGGCGGCGGCGGCGGACGAUGAGGAGAGCACGCGCGAGAGGCUGAAGCGGCACAGGCGGGAGAUGGCGGGGAGGGUGUGGGUGCCGGAGAUGUGGGGGCAGGAGAAGCUGCUCAAGGACUGGGUGGACUGCGCCGUCUUCGACCGCCCCAUGGUGCCGACGGGCCUGCUCACGGCGCGCCGAGCGCUCAUCGCCGAGUGCUGCACUACACGUACACGCCGGGACCGGACGACGUCGCCGUCGCCGUCGUCGUCAGCCACCACCAGCUCCAGCCCGCCGCUCCGGGUGCGGAACGGCUGCUCCUGAUCGGGUGCUCCUCCUCCUCCUCUCCUCCAGACCUCCACUACUACCGUACCUCCCAUUAGCUAGCUAGCUAGCUAUCCUGAAUCAACAAAGCCUUCUUUUUUUUUUUGCUCAAAUAAUAAGGGGGUCCCCUUCUUGUUCAUUGAGUUGUGAUGAGAAUUAAGGUCUCUAGUCUUUCUUGUUUAACUUUCCGAAUGAACAAGCAUGUGAAUUACAUACGAACUUGCAUUGAUUAGCUUAAAACAUAAUAAUCCUGAGAAAUUUUACGAUCUGUUUGAAUCGA